AUGGCCAGUCACAGGCAUAACGCUUUUCUAGCUGGGAGCAACAUUUACCAUCAGAAUCAGUGCCGUAACUCUGGUACCCUGCGGUCAGCCUCUCAGUCUUCACCGACCGACCCUAUCCCUUCCUGGCUGCAGCACGUGCAGGCAAGCGACGUGUACAAUGAUACAUCACGGGAAAUCUUCCGGCAAGCAAGCCCUGACCCUGAGAAAUCUUUCUGGCAUCCCAACGGCAUUCCGACUGUUCAUAUCCAAUCCAAAUACAACGCCGGGAGGUACCAGGCAUCAGAUGUCUUUAUUCAAGAUACCCCAUCACCGCCAUCUUUGGCUGGCCAGACAAGUCGCCAUCUUGUUCACGAUCCUUAUCUGAACGACGACUAUGACAAAGUUGUACACGACAGAAAGGAGCAUUCCCUUCCCAAAGCCCACGUCUCGACGCCGUCGGGAGCCUCGCUUGCAGAUCAUGGCAUCUUCGAGAAGCAAGCCAGACGAAAGACUCGGAAAGAUCGCUACAACACGGUUAAAAUAAAAGAUGCGAGAAGAGGGAAGCAACAGGCAAAGAGGUCGUCUACUCGCGUAUCAAAAAAUGGGAGGCUACGAUCGAGCCGAGAGAUAAUGGCCAAUUUCAGAUCCAGCGCAAUCACAAACCCAAACGAAAGAAUUACGCUAAAGCCCAGCUUCACGCCCGGAUUAUUUGUCAACGGCCGAAGCUCUGUGCCUCAAACCGACCUUGUAUUUAACGACAUACCCUCGCCUGACCAAGGCCGCACUCCAGUCGAUAAUGAACAAUGGGCAAAACCAAUAGCGAGGAAGUCAGAAAGAGAAGAAGACGACGCGCCUUCAGGCUCCCCCGAUACCCGCAACAGCAGAGCCACUUCUGUAACUUCGUCAAACUAUUUCCAGCCUAUCCGGCGACCGAUCACUACUGAUAUCAUCAAUGAUGACCCCGUUACUGGGAGGGCCAACACUAUAGGGUGCCAUAGAGAUAAUGGCAGCAACGGUGCCAAAGACUGCGAUGGGGACAACAACAGACCCCCACCACAACGAGACAGCUUUACCCUGCAUAUUCGUCCCAUUUACAGCUUUUCUCCAACCACCGCUCCCCAUUGCUCCGAUCUAGAUAUGUUGAAUACGCCGCUUUCUUCGGACGGUAAUUCGAUACAGGAAGCUCAGAGGGAAUCCGCUGCAAGACAUCAAGAGCGGAACACCGAGGGAAAUGGCGACGACCGCGACCUAUGUGACGGCAACCAAGUUAAGGCUACCAAGUACAGAGACAUAGGAGUUAUGGAAACCAACAAGACCAACUGUCUCGAUUAA